AUUUAUGGCAAACAGGGAUUUUCACUACGACCUGUACUUGUGUAUCUGAGUUUCAUUCAAAAUUUAAGUUAAACGAGUAUUGUUUUCCUAUAAUUAUAAUAAUAAUAAAGCCGUGCUGUAUUCGGUGUAUUGUUUACCUACGCCUCACUGUCCUUGUUAUGACCGAAGAAAAUAUUGUGCGCUCGUUUUUAUUACGAGUAAUUUAUAGUAUUAGUGAAACAGUUGUGCCUGUCAUUCCAGAUUUUGUUUUUGACAGCUGUAAUCGUGUUUAUGAUAUCACCAAACAAUUGUCAAAUGCUGACAUCCACUACCAGGUUCUUGUAGCACUUCUUUCAUGGUUUAUUAUCAAUCUUAUUUUGAUUAAACUGGCAUGGACAAUUUUUGGUGAAGACAACAUAAAGCUGCUGUCUUCUAAAGGUAAGUUGACAUUAGUUGACAAGAGACUCAACUCACUUAUUUACUUAGUUGGUAAAUUUUGUAUUAAUGGUUUGAGUAUGGUAAUGAUUAGGGUAAAGUGGGUUAAUUGGCUCCAUGGAGUAUUAAACCCCAAUUGCUCAGUUCAUACAAUAAAAUGCUUGAUAUUAUUGUAAGAAGCGAGGAGAAGGGCAUUAAGUAUUAGUAUUAAGCCAAUUAAGCUUUACUUGAUGGGAAGCGUUAUACUGCAUUUAACUCUCAGGGUUAUACGCAGUCGGCUAGGAAUUUAGCCAAAUAAGGUUUAUUAUCGCUAGUUUGGCAAUUAAAAAAAAAAAAGUAUAAUACGUAAUUAGCUGCAUGACGGGUUGUUUUGAACUAGAACUUUGAAUGUGUUUAACGUACAAUUUUAAUUGAAUUAAUUUUAAUUAAUAUUGAAUGACAGUAAUAGUAUUAGUAUUAGCACUAUUAUUAGUAUUAUUGCUUGUAUCUUAUAUAUUAUAAUUAUUAUAAGUAUAAGUCAAAGUCUACAUUUCUUAGAGUCUAAUCCUAAGUCUAAGAUUUUUUUAAAGGCAUUUCCAUGGUCUAAGUCUAGUUAUGUAUUCUGCGGUUUUUAAUGUUGCUAUGACCACCAUGUGGUUGGCUUUACUGACUAAUUCAGGAAAUACAUUCUAUUUAUUUUUUUAAAAAUAAUAUCAUUUAUGAUUUUUUUUUUGCUGACCUAAAUGUAACAGUUUUCAGCAUCCAUGCAAAACUAUAACUGUGAAAGUAUUACUUACAGUGCCCCUCUACAGAACCCCCUGCCCCUACAGCGAUUUUUUUACUUCUACUCUCCACCCAUGAUUAUAUUUAUUACUGUACCAGAGAAACAUGAUUUUAUCUGCCACAAAAUUAGUUAACAACACAAAAUAUAUGUUAACAACACAAACAUAUAUUUGAUAAUUAUAAGUAUAACAUUAUUAACAUUACAUUGGUCAAGUUAAUAAUUCUUCUCAUGUUUUAACAUUUUUUAGCCAAAACAAAAGUAAAACAAUAAGCCUAGUUGUUUUUGCUUCAUUCUCGAGAACAAACAUAGCAACUAGUACGUUUCAUGGCUUUCCAUUGGCUGGAAUUGAACUCAAGACCAUCAACUUGGGGUUUGGUCAGUUUGUACCAUUCGACCACCCAGUCACACCGAUAACGAUGCACCCUUAUCAAUUGAUACUCCACACAGGAAGAAUAUAGACGUCACGUGACUUGCCGACUGCGUAUAACUCUCAGGGUUAUACGCAGUCGGCUGCGCAAAACCACUUCGUUACUUGAUAGAAAGUUACUAACCAGAUCCAAUCAGAUAAUCAGAGAAUUUUUCACAACCAUUCUUGGGUUUCUAACCUAUGGGAUUGAUUUUUAAUUUGCGUUUUUAGAUGAGUGCUUUUACCCUCUAGUUGUCAGCCUUCUUCAGACUGUUUGUAAAACUUCAGCUAAGCCAGUGCUUGUUUGUUUUUACUUGAAAUUUUCUUUCUACAUUGAGAUAUUUUAGUUUCCAUACAAAUACAAGUACAGCUAAACUAAGUAAGUACUUUUUAAAAGUUUUUAACUAUAUGUGUGUUCAAUGAAUGAGUUAAAAUACUGAUAUUUGUAGAGCAAAUGAAGCUGGCCAUUUUCGCAUAGUAAAAUGGCUGUUGGAUGAAUGAUUUAGCGAUUGUUUAUAAAAAGCUCUAAAAUUCACUUUUAAUGCCUAAGUUCCUUUCAAUAUUUUGAAUAGAAAGCAUAUGUAAGAGACAUAUGGUUCUGCAGAUUAUUUAUUUAUUUAAUUAGUUUUUAAAAAGAAAUAUUUUAAUUAGCAGUGGCUUAAUACCCCCAGCCCAAAUGUUAAAAAGAUGAUUUAAAAAAACUAAAUAAUAUUGAUCAGAUUAAUAAAAAUCCAUGUUUUAAUUCAAUUAACACAUUACUCAGAUAUAGUUUAAAUUGAAAACAAAAGUUAUUAUUUGUAGAAAUAGGUUAAAAAAAAUUUUUAAUACAGUUUUGAUAAUGAAUCUUAUUGCCCCCUUUAUUUUGCAUAAUGGUUCUGACCAAAAAAAAGAAAGAGGAAGGAGGCAAGAAGUCCUAUGCAACUAGCCAGACAAUGGCAGAUGCCUACAGUUCUGUCAUGGGUAAGCAGAUGUCUGCCAACCAGGCAUCCAAGCAUUUCGAAGUUGAUAGAAAGGUACUUUUGAGGAGAGUCAAGGUGAAAUACCAGUAAAUUCUCAUCAAAGGAGGCAAACUGCUUUUAUGCCUGAUUAAGAAAAACUAAUAGACUGCCUGAGUGGGGCUGAGGUUUCAGUAAAGAGGAGGUGAAAGACAUUAAAGAAUUUUUAAGGAAAAUGAUCUUCAAAUGCCUUUUGUGGAUGGUCGACCUAGUAGGGACUGGUGAGUGGUUUCAUGCGACGCCAUCAGAAAAACACCCCCUUAACAAGGAUGCUAUUGAUGCACCUUUGAAGAAAAGAAGAGAAGAAGCAGCAAAAAAAGAUAAAGCUCCAAGAAAAAAGACCAUGAGAAAAAGAACAAAUCUUCCAGAUAGAGAUGAUAGUGACAGUGAUGAGGACGACACUGUGUGCCUUAAGUGUGGUGUGCAUGGAGGAUGAGGAGAAGAAUGGGUGUGUUGUUCAUUUGGUACCAAGUUAAAUGCACAGAAAUCCCAAAAGAAGCUGAUAAUGAAGCCAUGGAGUGGUCCUGUAAGAAUUGCCUACAACCUAUGUGAAAAUAUUUCCAUUGAACAGGCAGGAGCUUAUUGCCCCCAUUUUGUUAAAUUUAAGUCAUAAUUAGUUUUAACUUUUUAACCUUUUUUUCACUUUGUGGCUUUAAAUUUUUCUCAUUAAAACUUGUGUACUUAAAGAAAUAUGUGUGGUCUUUUACUUAAAAACAUUUACAGUUUGAAUUUAAUAAUAUUUAUUCAAAAGGAAAAAAAAAAGUUCUUGAAAACAAGUGUUUUUAAUGCCCUCCAUUACCCUAUCUACUUAAAUGUAAUUCAACUAAUUGUAUUAAGCUUAUCCCUGUGGGAUCAAGAACAAAAAAAACAAAAAAAAGAAACAGUAGCAGCCUACAACUACAGUUACACCCUUCCCCUCCAGCCCUCCAAAAAAAAAAUGAGAAUGUUUUAAAUUUUAAAAGCAUGCAAUUGCAAUCUUAGUCUCUUUGAUAAAAUCUGGACUUGUUUGAAAACUCAAUCAACAAGAGUCAUUGUUAAUUUUGAUCUUUAAAAUAGAUCUGAUUGUUUCAUCAUUACCGGUAUCAUUAAGUCAAUUUCUGCAACUGCAAUUGGUUUGGAUUUUUUUUUAAAUGGCGAUGGAUUGCUAAUGAAUACACAGUCUGCAUUGCUGUAAUGCAAAGUCAUCAAUUGUCCAUUGUUCUAUAACAAUAAUGGAGAGAUUCAGAAAUCUCAGCUUGCCACAGCACGAUGUCUGGCUCAUUACACCAAGGCAAUAUUUUGUAAAUUGGGUUUAACUUCCGAAGAUGGAAGCUUCCCGAAUGCAUUUCUAUUUCAAACUUUCAUUUUUUUUUAUAAAAUAAGGUACAAGCAUUUAAUUUACUCCCCCUGGAAACUUCCGUACAAUAAAAUUUUAAGACAGAUGAUAGGCCUAUAUAAUUCUCAGUGAUGCUUUAAAAAAUCUGUCAAUUUUAUAUAUGUUUUUAUACUUUUAGACCAAGUGAAACAUCUAAAGAAAGAAUAGUAUUCAUAAAGCAAGAAAAUGGCUGCCAUCAAAAGAUUUUUUGAAAAACGUAAACUCAAUAUUAAAUUCAAGAAGGCUGGAGAAGGUCAUCGACUUGAUGAAUCCCCACCACCAUCUAGUUCAGUAAAGGGAUUAGGUUCAACAUCUUCUAAGAAUGUAGCACCAGUUCAACGAGCUGCAGAAACGGAACUAGCAAGAAAAGCAGCUGCCGAGGCAGCUCUAGCAAGAAUGGAAGCAAAGCAGCAAAUGAAAAAUGGUUAGUAAAACAAAAUGCAAUCUAAAUAAUGAAAAUAUUAGCAUCUUAAGUCUUUAUCUGCUGUGCAUUAUAUGCUGAUUACAUUUAACAAAAUAUAUAUUUUGAUUCUGGUUUCUCUUCACAACUGGCCCUCCAUCAACUCCACAUGUUUUAUAUUAAUAGUCCUGAGUGAAAGAAAAACCUGUCACACAGCGUUCUUAAUGCAUGACAUUUGAACAGUAUUCAGGUUGAUUUAUUUCUUAAGGGUGAGGCGACUUAUAUUAAUCAAUAAAGAGCACGGGCAUGAUGUAGGACUGUCUGUAGGACUAUAGUUUAUAGGCCUGCAGGUAGGGUGUAGGACUGUCUGUAGGCCUAUUGUUUAAAGGCCGAAAGUUAGGGUGUAGGACUGUCUGUGGGACUAUUGUUUCAAGGCCGACAGGAAAGGUGUAGGACUGUCUGUAGGCCUAUUGUUUAAAGGUCGGCAUAUAUUAUAGAAAAUAAGAAGUUAACUCUUUGUUUUUGUAACUCUUGGACCCUCUGGGUAUUUUCUCAAAAUACCAGACACGGUGUAAAAAACUUCACUCGGUUAAGCCUUGUUAAAUUUUAUUGUAUUUCCAAUGCUACUCUCACCACCAUUUUGGUUCUAUCACUUUUUUCCUUCAAAAUAUUUUGGUAUUUCACUUCAUGUAAAUAUUAUUGUUUUCUCAGCUGACAGUAUGGUCAUACAGAGAGCCAGAAUGAAACGGGAAAUGGAAGCUGAGAAGAAAAGACUCUUGGAAGCUGAGCAGAAGGGAGCUGCAGCAAGGGCUGGGCCAGUUGAGGUGGUCCAGGAUUGUGCACCAGUUCUAGAGACUGUGCUUUUUAAAUGCCCUGAUAUUGGGCCUCAAGUAUUACCUAAGGCAGAGAUUGAAUCAGCUAUUCAUAGAUUCCUUUUGGAUAAUUAUGAGGAUGAACCUGAGAUGACAUCCGCCUUAAUGAUUCAUACAUUAAAUAAAAAUAAAGAAAAGGUCACACUCUGCAUAGAAACUCUUAUUAAGUAUCUGGAUAACAUCAUUAAUAACCCAACAGAAGAAAAAUUUUGGAAGAUUCGUCAGAGCAACAAGGUCUUUCAGGAAAGAGUUGCUUGUAUGAAAGGGACAGAAGAAUUCUUGCUUGCAGCUGGGUUUUCCUUGAAGUCCCUACCAUUUGAAGAAGGGGAAGCAUUGUUUUAUGUGUUUGAUUCAGAGUUAGCAAAAGAUGUGGAUCGUUUACAAAAUAUGAAGGAUGUCUUGCUAAAAGCUGAACCAAUACGUCCAGAGCUGGAUAGGAACCUUAAAGUUUUUCACCCAACUCAGUCUGCAUCAUCCUUUGAAAUACCUGAUGAUUUCUACAGCAUUAGCCCAGAAGAUCUAAAGAAAGAGCAAUUAAGGCGAGAAGAAGCCACUGAAAAACUUGGACUGCUCCGUACCAAGGCCAUGAGGGAACGAGAUGAGCAAAGGGAACUGAGGAAAUACAGAUAUACUCUUGUCCGAGUCAAAUUUCCAGAUGGUAUUUUACUUCAGGGUGUUUUCCGAGCUCAAGAACCAAUGAAAAAUAUCUACCAGUUUGUGAGAGAAAAUCUUACCAACGAUUGGAUACCUUUUCAUCUAACCUCUGGCACCACUAAUAAAUUGGAGGAUAAUGAUAGCACUUUAGCCGAACUAGGUCUUGCUCCAGCAGCAGUUGUGCACUUUUCUUGGGAUGCAGAGAUUCUCAAAGGAGUCAUUGCAGAAAAGGGCAAAGGUGUAGCACAGCAGCACCUGAAGCAAGGAGUCCUAGAUUUGAUUCAAAAUUUUUAAUGCAUAGUCAUUACAGGUAAGAGGAUUUAAAGCGUAAACUAAAGAAAUGAAGAUCAAUACACUAUAAAUAUAUCAUGUAACUGCUAAUUUUACUUGAACUAGAAACUAUUAUGAAAAAUUUCAGAAAACUGAUUUUACUAUGCCCAAAUUUGAAACUAAAUGAAGUGUUAAAAAAUUAUUUUCUUCUGUGGAAUAAUCAUCUCAAUUUUUAGCCUGCCUCAUUGUAGUUUUAUAAACAAAGUAACUGUUAAGUAGUUUUGUUAUGACAGAUAAUUCAAACAGCAUAUUUAGCUGUAUGAUUUUUAGUAAAUAUUAUUCAUCAUAAUUUGAGUUAUAAGUGAUGAUGGCUCAUUACUGUUACAGAAUAUGUCUUGUACUAUGUCAGACUUGUUUAACAAUUAUAUAUUUCAAAUUUCAUGUUAUCUCCAUCUCUUCACAGUUCAUAUGAUAAUGGCACUGACAGUUAUUGAACUUUAUUGAGGAUUGUUCUUAAUCUACAAAGAUGCAUGUUGGCUAAAUCUGUACAAUUAUUCUAAAAAGUGGUCAGCUUGAAUGAAGAAGAUAGGAAGGAUGAUACCAAAAGAAAAGCUAAGGAACAGAUAAGCUGAAAAAUGGAGCACAGAAGUGAUUUGUUUUUCUCUUUUAUUCUAUGUAUUUAUCAAAUGUCAUGAGAAAGAUGUCUUUUCUACUUGUCUUUUAAAAAUGUUAUGAUUUUUUUCUUUGGAUCUUAAGGUUUUUAUUUUUAUUCCCAGCAUAAGUGUGAUUGGAAAUUUAGGCUAACUUCAGUAGCAUACUUAAAUGAGUUUAUCUUAAAAGCACUUAAGGUGAAUUAAAAUUAACUAUUUUAUGAAACAUUGUUUUGGAAGUUGAUAAUUUCAGCAUAGACUUUGGCACAUCCCAGUUUGAAAAAUAGGUCAUGUUUCUUUUUCUCUUUGCAGUAAAACAAUCUUACAAUUUGUGUUCUGUAUUAUCAAGUAAAAUAGCAAAACACCUUGCUCCAUCGAUUGUAUAAUUUUAGCAUUUACUUUGAUAACCAUAGACAUACCAAAAAUGUUAUGAACAAAAAAAAAUACUGAGUAAUUUAAAAUUUUUAAAUUAGAUUUUAGUCACAACUUUUAGGGAAAUUUUUCUUUAACUUUAAGAGCAUUGUUGUCCUUUUAGCAAUUGAUUCUGCAUGUAUACAUUAAUUCUGAAGCCUCAGUAAGGAAACCAUUAUUGAAAUAAACACAAAAUGUUAAAUUUUAAUUAGAAAUAACCAUGUUUAUUCAUCAGAAGAUUUUAUUUUCCUGGUAGUGCAAAAGUAAAUGUAGGUUGAUUUUAUGUACGAGUAGUAAAAAUAUUGGAAGACAAGGGUUAAGAAUUCAUUGUUUUAAUUAGAUUUGAUAAGCUCAGUUUAAGCAAUAAAAGACAAAUAAUCAAUGGAAAAUUAAAACAGUCAUAUUUGACAUUACACAAAUAUCAAAAAGCUUUUCAGAUGUGUUUACUUAAACCGAAACUAUAGCAUGAAUUGUUUGUAUAUGUUCAGUCCGCUUGUCUUUAUUAAUGAUGCCAGAUGAGGGAUAAUAAGGUAUUAGAUCUGGUAAUUUUCAUGAGAAUAAACUCAUGCAGGUUGCAUUCCACUUUCAUUGGUGAUACUAAUGAUGUAACAAGUAGAGUAUUUUGUUGUUAACUAGGGACAUUAAUCAGCUGGUGAAAUUUGUACAUAUUAUGACUCAUAGUCAAAUAUUCUAAUUAUGGAUCAUAAGACAAAAGCUCCUCAAGCACAAGGGGAUAAAAAUCAUUCUAAAUCUACUGCCUAAAAUAUGGCUUAUUAUUAGUUGUCAAAAAAUCAAUUGUAUGAGGUUCUCUCAAAAACAACUGAAGAUUAAACUAUGUUUAUUAACAAGAUGAAAAAUUUGAUGAGAUAAAUAAAAUGGCAAUCUAUCAUAUUGUUUGAUAAAAUUAACACUUGUAUGGCUCAUCAAAGAAGACAAAGUUUUCAAUUUUCAUCGCACAUACACAAAACUUGCUUGCAUAACCUGAUAGCUUGUAACUUGUAAGGAGCUGUUUGAACUGUACAAGAUAAAACAACCAAAUAAUUUUGACUUGUCAUCAGGAAAUACACAAAUUUUAUUAGCCUAUCCUUUGCUUGUGAGAACACUACUUUCAAUACCUCUGCUUGGUGAAAAAGCUGACAAAUGGUUUUCUCUUUGUGGAUAGCGUUUUUAAAUGUAACAAAAGUAAUCUAUAGUUUUCUUUCAAAAAUACUAUACAGGAGAUCCUCAAUUUACGGCAAGGUUCCGUUAUUCAACGGCAAUGUAACUUGAAGUUCGAAGUAAUGUGCUAAGCACCAUGCCAACGGGUAAAAUAUAUAUAUAUACAUGUAUAUAUCUAUAUAUGAAGCAAAAUGCAUAUAUAUGCAUGUACAUACAUCAAAUUAAGAUAUUAAAACAUCAGAUGAAACAUUCUAUGAAGCGAUUGUUAAAAAAUCCAAUUGAAAUUGUAUUAACACAAAUAAUAAUGGGUUAUGUAUGACAAUGAAGUCUGGUCGCUAACUGACAGUCACGUGAUUAAAGUUGAUUGGGAUUCUGGACGUUGUGUGCUAUUCCGCGAGCUAGCUUCUAACUUCUAAUGUCAAAAUAGUACUUACUCGUGGCGUGCGGACAGAAACUAGUAUUUUUAAUACAUUUUUGAAAUUUUGUGUGCCCAGUAAUGUCCGCUGUAACUUCGAAUUCGCCGUAAAAUGAACAGCUAAAAAAUGAGGACCUUCUCUAUUUUGGAUUCUAUUUACUGCCUUUGUUAAUGAGAUGAGAUUUAACAAAAUGUAAUUAAGUUGGUAUCUCCUGAAAAUGUUAUUAAAAUCUUUAUUAAUAUCUCCGGUCUGUAUAGAUUAAAAUAUAUGUCUCAUGUUUUGAUGUAGAUCAUCCUUAUCCUAUUAUGCAUAUUUCCUUAGGUCAGAAUUUAAAAAAUAAAUGGUCUUAUUGAACUCAGAUUUCUUUUCAAGCUUCCUUUACACAUAAGUGUUUUUUACAUUUUUCAUAUAAAUUGAAAAAGCUGUAAAACUAACAGAUUACCUUUUUGUAGGGUCUGUAAUAAAUUUCAAUCUCACUACUUUCUUAAUAUAAAUUUUAAGAGUGUGGUCAUUUUUUUCCUUAUAAAAUUUAAAAUUGCCUUUAUCUCAAAUGGGAUCUAAAUUGCUUUUGACUGUAAGUCUACUGGUCUGCUCCCAGCCACUUAUCACAUAGAUUAUCUAUAAAUUGAUAUUUCAGCUACAUAUUACUUUUAAAUGGUCACUUGUCUAAAGUGGUAAAUAAUUUUAUCUAAGUAAAUAUUAGAGUAUCUGUACGAGUAAAUUAUUGUUUUCAAAAUUUCAGCCAUUUCUCUCAAUUUUAUAAUCUAUACCUAAUCAGAUUAUUAACAUUUCUUGGGUAAAAGAUUUGAAUGUUUUUUAAAUGGUAGUAUGAAACUUGAUAUUCAGGUCAGUGUUUACAAUAUUAAAAACAUUCUUGAAAAUUACAUAUAGCUGUUAAGAAAUGUUAUCUGACUGAAAUUUUGAAUCUGAUAAAUAUUUGUUAUUAGAUUAUUGAGUCUAAUUUUAGUGUUAGUGUUAGAUUGGUGUCAUUUCAUUUGUCUAUCAGAAAUUGACACAUUUUCCCAUCCAUUCACAAAAAAAUAUAUAGGCUCUAUAUAUAUCUAUAUAUAUAUAUUUAAAAAUCAUUUUUAAAGUUUAUUAAAUGAUUACAUCUUCAACAGAGCAUUAUUUUAACAAUUAUUAAGGAGAUAACAAUAUCUUAUUUUCUGAAUAAAGCUGUAAUUACAAACUUAUUUUAGAAGCCUCUUACAUAUGGAAUUCUACAAAUCUCUAACCUUCUGUGAUUCUAAAAGAUGCCUUUCUAAUCAGAAUUCAAUUUGUUUAAUUAUAAACCUCUAGUUAUAUUCAAUUUUAUUUUUGUGACAUAACUUAUGCUAAUUUUGUAUCUAGUGUAAUUAAUAUGUUUAGUUUGCAUUUUUAUCGCAUAGUUAAAAAAAACAAACGGUAUUUGGUAAUUCCACUCCUAUCCUAUAGUGCAAGAGAUUUUUUUAAAUAUAUUUUUUCUAUAAAUGACCAAUAGGAGUAUUUUAUUAAUUUUAAAACUUUAAUCAUUAGGUAAAAAAACAACUUAAUUUUAUUUUUAUUGUCUUUUGCAGUUAAAAAUACAAUUUUUGCGCCUAAUCCUAAUAUGGAAGUUUACCUUCUUGUGUUUCACUUUUUCUUCCUGUCAUCAAAACCUUUUUAAUUAUCAGUAAAUAUGGAAUAAAAAAUUUUUAAAAUUA